AUGUUUGACACAAUAGAAACUAAUAAUCAUGUUAAUAUAAUUAUGGAAUAUAUUCCUGGAAAUUCACUUCAUGGAUACUUGAAAUAAUAAGCUAAUAGAAGACUUAGUGAAAAUGAUGCCAUAAAUAUUUUUAGAUAAAUUGUCUCGUCUAUUGAAUAUUGUCAUUCUAAAUAAAUUUGCCAUAGAGAUAUUAAACUUGAAAACAUACUUCUAGAUGAAAAUAAUAACCCAAAACUUAUCGAUUUCGGAUUUUCUACAUGUAUUCCUAAUGAUAAAAAAUAUAAAAUGUUUUGUGGUACUCCUUCUUAUAUGGCUCCUGAAAUUAUUAAUAAAUAAGAAUAUUGUGGACCUCCAGCUGACAUAUGGGCUUUAGGUGUUUUAUUGUAUGCUUUACUUAAUGGAACUUUUCCUUUUAAAGGUUAAACAGAUAAAGAACUAUAUAAAAAAAUUACUAAAGGAGAAUUUGUCUGUUGUGAAAGUAUUACUAAAGAAGCAGACGAAUUUCUUAAAUGGAUUUUGAAUGUUGAGUCAGAUAAAAGGCCUACUGCAAAUUUUAAUCCAUGUAUGGAUGUAAAAUAAAAAUGA